GUCUAUCGUCAUUGGUCUCCGUGUCAGAAUCCAGCAUUCGAAGCCGUUGCAGCGAGAGGAGGAAGAAGAAUGAAUUCGACACUUAUACUACGUCGUUUCGUCUGCUUCAAUGUCUCUUCUCCUUCUUCUAUUGCUCCCUCUUCCAAGAAGAAAUCUCUUGUCUUCUUGGGCUCUCCUCAGGUCUCGGUGAAUGUUCUUGAAGCUCUUCUCGAUGCGUCUUCUGCAUCCAACUCUUCCUUUGAGGUUGCAGGCAUUGUUACACAACCUCCGGCAAGGAGAGAUAGGGGCAGAAAAGUCUUGCCUUCCCCUGUAGCACAAUUUGCUCUCGACAAAGGCUUUCCUUCUGAUCUCAUUUUCUCCCCCGAAAAGGCGGGAGAGGAUUCAUUCUUGUCUGCUUUAAGAGAUUUGCAGCCCGAGCUUUGCAUUACAGCUGCCUAUGGGAAUAUUUUACCUACCAAGUUCCUUAAAAUUCCAUCACUUGGGACAGUGAACAUCCACCCGAGUUUGUUGCCGCUCUACCGUGGUGCUGCCCCUGUGCAAAGAGCGCUUCAGGAUGGUGUAAAAGAAACUGGAGUAUCAUUAGCAUUUACUGUACGGAAGCUAGAUGCCGGACCGGUUAUUGCCUCUGAAAGAUUCCAAGUGGAUGACCAAAUCAAGGCACCAGAACUACUCUCUUUCCUAUUUUCUGAAGGAUCUAAGCUUCUUAUCAAUGGACUUCCAUCACUAUUCGACGGGUCAGCAAAAACGAAUGCUAUUGCCCAGGAUGAUUCUAAAGCCACCUUAGCCCCAAAGAUAGCUCCAGAAGAGGCAUGGCUUUCCUUUGACCAAGAAGCUGUUGUUCUUCAUAACAAGGUCCGUGCUUUUGCAGGAUGGCCAGGAACACGAGCCAAAGUUGAAGUCCUCGAUGACAAAAGCAAUCAACAGAACAUCCUAGAGCUUAAGAUCAUCACAACUCGUGUAUGCCAAGAUGUUUUAAUUCAGGAUGAUGAACAGGAUUACGUAGCUUUCAAUGAAGAUUCUUUGGUCUUUCCCUGUAGAGGACACACGGCUUUGGAGGUAUUGGAAGUUCAGCUUCCGGGGAAGAAGGUGGUCAACGCUGCAGCGUUUUGGAACGGUUUGAGAGGUCAGAAGCUGAAGAAGCUCUAGAGGAGGAAGAAGCUGCAGAGUGCAGUGUUGAUUUUUUUUCCCCCCUCCAUUUCUCUUUGGUGGUCCAUGGAGAAAAACUUGAUUGAUUAUCUGACUUUAGUUUCAUUUUUAUCUUCUGGUCUAGCCAUGUUGUCAUAUUCUUGCCAUCAUCUGAUGGCUCUCGUAUCUGUUUAUGUACAUGUACGUUUCCAUCUUUGAUACAUUGAUGCGAAAUCAUUCCUUUGCACUAGAA